CCCCCUAACUGAUCCCCUCCACACCCCCUCUUCCCGCCAUACACGGACAAAAUGAGCCAAGCAAUAGAGAGACGUCGUGACGUAGGGGGGACCGACGUCCUGUCUCCGUUCUACGUUCCCCCCGACCGCAAGACGUCCGCACAGAUCAUCCGCGAGGCGCGGGCGUCCCUCUGCGACACCCCGCUGGUGGGCGGCGCGGGCGUGCAGCGGAUGGGCGUGAGGACGGUGCAGACCAAGCGCCCCUUCACCCCGAGGGAGAGGGAGAGGACGCUCUUCAGCGGGACGGUUACCAGCCGAGGGGAGAGGCCCCCCAGCUCCUUCACACUAUCGCCGCUUCACUUCGACAGCAGUGAAGCCAAUGGUCGGUCGUCAGCGGCAGGCCCCAGGCUCCUGCCCCUCGCCUCCGCCAAGCUGCGACUGGACGAGGGUGACGCGUCCAAGCUGCCCGCCUUGGUAUCCUCGUCUCGGAGGGUUCAGAGACACCAAUUUCGCACUUUCUCCCUCUGUGACUUGCCAGAGGAGACUGAAGAAGGGGAGGAGCCCGGGCGUACCCCAAGGAAAACUCUGGGUAUCCCUCCCAGGAGUUCCACUCUCACCACUCUACACAGCUUGUCUUCUCAGGACAGCGAGGACAAGGAGGAGAAUGAAAACUCUCACAACAGCAGCCCCAGCCCAGAGUCGCGCCCCGAUGACAUCAAAAAGUCGGUUGCUGGCAGUAUCGUAGAUAUUGAGACGGAGCUUAGAGCAGAGCAGAGCUGUGUGGCUGGAGUCGCGGAGCUUGAUACGGAAGAGCGAGGCGGCCAGAUGCGGGAUGCUUCCUAG